ACAGAUUUUCCUUAUAACAAAUGUGCGGUCACCGACAAUGCUCGCUUGUGGUUAAUUAAAUAAUAAUUAUUUAAUCAUGCUCUAUAAACUGUUUCUACUAACUUUAGUAUGUUUAAUUAGUGUGUGUAAUGGAGAAGUUGAUACCCUUGAUUUUUCAAAUAGUGAUUUAGAGAGUAUCAUUUUGGAGGCAUUAAAGAACAAUGAAACUCUAUCAUCGGACUUUUCAAAUGCAACAGAUGAAGUAUGCAAGCCUUUAGUAUCCGUCAAGCCAGAUUUCAAUAGGCCAGGGCAAAGCAUAAGUGAAACAAAAUGCUUGCAAUACAUGUGGGAAGUGAAAAACUUAAAAGAUCAAGACAAAGCAAGUUGUAAGUUUAUUUUCGUUAAAUACACGUAAAUUUUGCUUAUAUGU